GCUUGUGUCGUCAUUCCCGACUGAGGGCCGUUGUACCGGUGUUGUUGCGAACCCUUCAAAUCUAUUGUCAUAGAUAUUUUUCUUUUUCAGUAUAACAAUGGAUAAAACCUUUGUACUGUAUUCAGACAAAGCCGAAGACGUUGCUACCUCCUCUAGUUUCCGUCAGUUUAAAAUAGAACAUUUUCAUCUGGAUCUUAAAGUGGACUUUGGGCAGAAAAUCAUAUCAGGCACCGAGACAAUACAGUUGCAAUGCAUUCAGGAUAAUCAAAGUGAAUUGCAGCUGGAUAUUCAUCCAACUCUGACGCUGCAAGAGGUGUCGUUCAGUCAUAAUGCUCAAGACUGGACCAGAGCAGAAUUUCUCAUUCGGGAUUUCACUAGUUAUGGGACCACAUUGCUAGUGAAGUUUCCUACGCCUUUCAACUCAGAAGACAAAUUUCAACUUGCAAUUAAAUAUACAGCUUCUGAUGGACCAGGGGUGUGUUGGCUGGAACCAGAGCAGACUGCAGGAAAGGUGAAGCCUUAUGUUUUUACACAAGGCCAGGCUGUGCUCAACCGUUCCUUCUUCCCUUGCUUUGAUACCCCAGCAGUAAAGAGCACCUACUCUGCUGCAGUUAAGGUGCCUGAUGGCUUCACAGCAGUUAUGAGUUCUAGUAAAUGGGAGCACAGAAAGGCAGACAGCACUUUCCUGUUCACUAUGGAGCAUCCCAUUCCGGCAUACCUGGUAGCACUGGCAGUAGGGGACUUGCAGUCUGCCGAGGUGGGGCCAAGAACACGUGUUUGGACUGAGCCUUGUUUACUGCAGGCAGCAAAGCAGGAGUAUGAUAAUGUGAUUGAGGAGUUCCUGUCUGUGGGAGAAAAACUGUUUGGGCCCUAUGUUUGGGGAAGGUACGAUGUGGUCUUCAUGCCUCCAUCAUUUCCUUUUGGUGGGAUGGAAAAUCCCUGUCUGACCUUUGUCACGCCCUGUCUGCUGGCUGGGGAUCGUUCUCUCGCUGAUGUCAUUGUACACGAGAUCUGCCACAGCUGGUUUGGAAACCUUGUUACCAACGCCACCUGGGGAGAUUUCUGGCUUAACGAGGGCUUCACAAUGUAUGCUCAACGCAGAGUUUGCAGAGAGCUGUAUGGGGAUGCUUACACAUGUCUGGAGGCAGCAACUGGUAUAGCACUUUUGCGUCAGCACAUGGACAACACUGGAGAGGACCAUCCUCUCAACAAACUACGUGUUAAGAUCGAACCAGGUGUUGAUCCUGAUGAUACCUAUAAUGAAACCCCCUAUGAGAAAGGCUUCUGCUUUGUGUCCUACCUAGCACACCUCACAGGAGAUCAAGCCCGCUUUGAUGCAUUUCUCAAGGCUUAUGUGGACAAGUUCAAGUUCCGCUGUGUGAUGGCUGAGGAUGCUUUGGAGUUCUAUCUGGAGUAUUUCCCAGACCUGAAAGAGAAGAAUGUCCACAGAAUUGAGGGUCUGGAUUUUGACAGCUGGCUCAAUGUGCCUGGUUGGCCUCCAUAUUCCCCUGACCUCUCUGCUGGUCAAAAGCUGAUGAAACCAGCUGAGCAGUUAGCUGAACUUUGGGUUAACGAUAACGUGGACAUAGAAUCUAUCGGGCAAACUGAUAUUAAACUGUGGAAGACCUACCAAACUGUGUACUUCUUGGACAAGAUCCUUGAGAAGUCACCUCUUCCUGAUGGUAACAUAAAGAAGCUGGAGAAGUCCUACUCACACAUUACUGAGUCCAAUAACUCUGAGCUGAAAUUACGCUGGGCCCAGAUUGUUGCAAAGAACCAGCAUAAACCAGGAUAUCAAUAUAUUCGCAAUUUCCUCAGCAGCCAGGGGAAACAGAAGUACACAUUACCUGUUUACCGAGCUCUUUGGAAUGGAUCAGAGGAGACCAAGGCUCUGGCUACGGAGAUAUUUUCUGCCACCUCUAAUCAGCUUCACAUCAAUGUCCGCAAUUACGUGAAAAAGAUUAUGGCUUAAUGAAUUUGGACAAUUCAGGGAAACAAUGAGUAUGCAAUGUUUUUAAAAGAACUCUGGUAUCUUAAAUUAUGGUGCUCUGAUAACCCUGCUGAAAAACACAAAACAAAAAAACUGCUAAAAAAGUAUAAGCUGGUUGGCUGGUCACAGCUGGUCACUCAGUCUGGCCAGGCUAGUCAUUUGGCUGGUUUUAGAGGGGAUUCGGGCACUUUUUAACUAGUUGCACUGGAAGACCAAUUAGUCCAGCUUGUCCAGGCUGGGUGACCAUCUUAAAUCAGCUAAAACUCGUUUAAACCAAUUAAAUGAAAGUUCUCAUUAUUUACCUACCCUCAUGCCAUCCCAGAUGUGUAUGACUUUCUUCCAUCUGCAGAAUACAAAUUUAGAUUUUUUGAAGAAUAUAUCAGCUCUGUAAGUACAUACAAUAAAAGUGAACGGUGACCCAAAUUUUUAAGCUCCAAAAAGCAGCAUAAAUAUAAUCCAUAAGACUCCAGUGGUUUAAUCCAUGUCUAAUGAAGCAAUCCAAUCGGUUUUAGGUGAGAACAGACCAAAAUAUAACUCCUUUUUCACUAUAAAUCAUGACAUCAACAGUCCCAUUGGCGAUCAUGAUUUCAAGCUUGAUUACACUUCCUAGCGCCAUCUAGCAGUCUGUGCAUGCAUCAAGCACUAGGAAGUGUAACUGAGCUUGAAAUCAUGGUCGUGCCUAGAGUUUGCAAUGACAAGAUUUACAGUGAAAAAGGAGUUAUACUGUGGUCUGUUCUCACCCCAAAAACGAUUGGAUUGCUUCAGAAGUCAUGGAUUAAACCACUGGAGUCAUAUGGAUUACAUUUAUGCAGCUUUUAUGUGCUUUUUUCGGAGCUUAAAAAGUUUGGUCACCAUUCACUUGCAUUGUGUGAACCUACAGAGCAGAGAUAUUCUUUGUGUUCUGCAGAAGAAAGACAGUCAUACACAUCUGGGACGGCAUGAGGGUAAGUGAUGAGAGAAUUUUUAUUUUGGGGUGAACUAUCCCUUUAAUACCAGUUUAGUGUGGUUUUAGCUGUUUAAGGUUUUUUUUAGCAGGAAUAUUUAACACAAAUAUUAAAUUCACAUUGAUUUAUACACAUAUUGAUAAAAUAAAAAUUUAAUUUGUGAAUUCUAUUUUAUAUAUAUGUAAUGAAAUAUCAGAAUAAAAAGAUACAUUCUAAAUUUUUGAACAAAAGGAGGACUUUUAUUUCUUGCU